UAUAUUUGCAAUGAGAUUCUCCAGAUUCCUAGUUUUAGUUUCCUUUGUACAUGGUUCAUUACAGUCACUGGCUACCUUUACAUUACAAGGAAAUGCAAGUGGACAGCCAUGUGUAUUCCCCUUCAAAUAUGAAGGCAAAGAGUACUAUGAGUGCACAGAUGCUGGUAGGUCAGAUGGCUGGCUCUGGUGUGCAACAACUGCAGACUUUGAUGCUGAUAAACUCUAUGGAUUUUGCCCACUAAUAGAUGACACAGAAAGAUUUUGGACAGAAGAUGUGUCAACUGGCAUUCACUAUCAAAUAAAUUCAGAAUCAUCUCUAACAUGGCACCAAGCAAGGAAAAGCUGUCAGCAGCAAAAUACAGAGCUUUUAAGCAUCACGGAGAUACAUGAGCAGGAAUAUGUAGGAGAGCUAAUUAAAAAUUUCAGUUUUCCAUUCUGGAUUGGUUUGAACACUUUGAAUUUCAACAGUGGGUGGCAAUGGGCUGGAGGCAGCCCUGUCAGAUAUUUAAAUUGGGCUCCAGGAAGUCCUUUCCUCCUCCCUGGGAAAAUCUGUGGAGUGAUGAAUCCCAGAAAGAAUGCUAAAUGGGAAAACCAAGCAUGUAACCAGAGACUUGGCUACAUUUGUAAGAAGACAAACUUCAGUUCAAAGUCUGACAUUAUGCCCAAAGAAGAACUGAGACCUAUUAAGUGCACAGAUGGUUGGUUGCCGUAUGCAGGCCACUGCUACAGCCUUCAACGAGAACUCAAAAAAUGGAAAGAUGCUCUGAGUUCAUGCAAGCAGCAAGAUGGGGAUCUGGCAAGUGUCCACAACAUUGCUGAAUUCAGCUUUCUAGUGUCACAGCUUGGUUACAAACCAACAGAAGAGCUAUGGCUGGGCCUGAAUGACCUGAAAUCCCACUUCUAUUUUGAGUGGAGUGAUGGGACUCCUGUGACCUUCACCAAAUGGCAGCGCAGGCAUCCCACCUACACAAGUGGUCUGGAGGACUGUGUUGUUAUGAAGGGGCAGGAUGGAUAUUGGGCAACUGAUGUUUGUGAUAAGCAUCUUGGUUAUAUCUGUAAAAAGAAGCCUUCAUCACAAGCCUCAGAAAAAGAGACAAUCAAGGAUGCAGGCUGCCAGGAAGGUUGGAAAAGAUAUGGUUUUCACUGUUAUUUGGUGGGCUCUGCACUUCUGAUGUUCUUAGAAGCAAAUAAGACAUGUGAACAGAGCAAAGCUCAUCUUGCUACAGUGGAAAGCAGAAAUGAGCAAGCUUUUCUGAUUAGCCUGACGGGGCUGAGGUCUGAAAAAUAUUUCUGGAUUGGCCUCUCCAACACAAAAGAACAAGGGAAUUUCAGAUGGACCACUGGUGAAACUCCUCUCUUCACAAACUGGAACACAGCAAUGCCAGGAAAAGAGCAAGGCUGUGUUGCCAUGGGAACUGGAUUUGCAGCUGGAUUAUGGGAUGUUGUCAGCUGUGAGAAGACAGCAAAUUUUCUUUGCAAACAGCAGGCAGCAGGAGUGCCAUCUCCUUCUCCUCCAGGAUGGGUCCCUGAGGCCGCCUGUGCAGAAGGAUGGGAUGGAGCCUCCUGGAAAGACUCAUGCAUAAAAUUUUUUGUGAGACAGGAAGGUGAAAAGAAGAAUUGGUUUGAAGCUGAAGAAUUCUGUAGAGAAGUAGGUGGAAAUCUGGUCACAAUCAAUACAAGAGAAGAUCAAAUUUUAAUACGCCAAUUAGUAUCGGAUAAAGGACUGGGCAAUCAGAAUUUCUGGAUUGGUUUGUUUCUCUUAAAUCCUGAUGAAGGGUUUGUCUGGAUUGAUGGUUCCCCUGUAACUUAUGAGAACUGGGAUGAAGAUGAACCUAACAAUUAUAAAGAACUUGAACAUUGUGUUAUGCUUAAAAGAUUACCCCAAAUGCGCUGGAAUGACUUGCGUUGUGACCAUUUACUUAAUUGGAUUUGUGAAAUGAAAAAAGGUAUGCUGCAAAAACCUGAACCUACACAGUGCAAACUUGAAUACCAAGCUACUAAUGAUGGAUGGAUUAUACAUGAAGAUAAACAGUAUUAUUUCAGCAAAGGACAUGUUCAUAUAGAAGAAGCACGGAGAUUUUGUCAGAAGAACUUUGCAGACCUUGUUGUCAUUGAGAAUGAAAGAGAGAGACAAUUUCUGUGGAAAUAUGUUUACACAAAACACAGAGGGGGAUCAUAUUUCAUUGGCUUAGUUGUCAGCUUUGAUCAGAACUUCAGCUGGCUGGAUGAGACUCCAGUGAACUAUGUUGCCUGGGCUCCAAAUGAACCCAACUUUGGAAAUAAUGAUGAAAACUGUGUGAUAAUGUCUGAAGAUUUUGGCUUUUGGAAAGAUAUAAGCUGUGGUCUGAAAAAUGGUUUCAUCUGUGAAAGGCACAAUUCAAAUUACUCAGGAUUUGCUCCUACUGUACUUCAGCCUUUGGGAGGAUGUCCUGAAACUUGGCUUUUGUUUAAGAAUAAGUGUUACAAAAUAUUUGGAUCCAGAGAAGAAGAGAGACUGACUUGGCACUCUGCAAGAAGUGCUUGUAUCGAAUUAGGGGGAAAUUUGCCCUCUAUACACAACGAGCCCGUGCAAGCCUUCCUCACCUUCCACCUGAAGGAUGUUGCCAAUGAAGCAUGGAUUGGACUGAAUGAUAUUAGCACUGAGAAUACGUAUCUUUGGACAGAUGGAAGCCUUUUUGACUAUUCAAAGUGGGCAAAAAAAUUCCCUUUUAGAGAUGAAUUUAUAAGAGUUGACAUGAAAUAUAUUACAAUUCAGACUGACUGUAUUGCAAUGACAAAAAGAUCUGUAGAUGAAGCCGGGUACUGGGAAAACACCGACUGCCAGCAAAAAAAAAGCUAUAUUUGCCAGAUGGACAGCAAGGCUGAACUGUUUCAUUCCACAACUGCUCCAGAUUCUGAUUUCAUCCAUUAUGAUAACAGCAGCUAUUUAAUAAUUCCUUCUAAAAUGAAUUGGGAAGAAGCAAGAAAAGCCUGCAAGGAGAAAUCAUCAGAGCUUGCCAGCAUUUUUGAUUUUUACAGCAAUAUAUUCCUGAUGUUGCAGGCAGAAAAAUAUGGGGAGCCCUUAUGGAUUGGGCUCAACAGCAAUAUGACUUAUGGCUAUUACAGAUGGACUGAUAAAAGGAAAAUGAAUUUUUCUCAUUGGUACUAUCAUGAACCAAAACAUCAAAUAGCCUGUGUCUAUCUUGAGCUCCAUGGGACCUGGAGAACAGCAUCUUGUAAUGAAAAACAUUUUCCUGUCUGCAAAAAAUCUGAGGACACACUUCCUUCUGAUCCACCCCAGGAUAUUGGAGAAUGUCCUGAUCACAUAUCUUGGAUUCCUUUCCGGAGCCACUGCUAUAAUUUCAAUUCCAAUCGAAUGAGCUGGGCUCAGUCUUUGGCACAGUGCAUCCAAUCAGGUGGUGUGUUGACUUCUGUAGAAGAUCUGGCUGAAUCAAACUUUUUAAUAGAUCAUGCAGACUUAUACAGCAGCAAAACAAGUGGCUUUUGGAUAGGGAUGUACAGAAAUGUAAAAGGGCAGCUGCUUUGGCAAGACAACAGUCCCUUAGACUUUGUCAACUGGGGUGAAGGACAGCCCUCAGAGGAACGGCUUGACUAUUGUGUAGAGCUGUUUGCAUCCACCGGCUCCUGGAGUAUCCUUCCCUGCUCUUCUCAAAAGGGUUUUAUUUGUAAAAAAGCAAAGGCAAUUCCUAAAGCAGCUGAAAACAUGGAAGAUGCCAAAAAGGACAAGGGACAUGGUCACAUGAACAUGUGGAUAUUGCUUAUUCUGGUCUUAAUAAUUUUAUCAGGAGUGGGCUUCAUGAUUUAUUUCUUAUUCAAGAUCAAAACACAACGUCAGACUGAGAGAGAGGUGAAAUGGCAGAGCACAAUGGUAGAAUACAGCCGUGUCCUAACUGGAAAGGAUGAUGAAAUUGAUUCUAUCAACAACAAAGGAGAAAAUCAACAGAAUGUUGUUUAAUGUGAUAACACAGCCAAACUAUAUGCUUAAAAUUAAAAUAAAUAAAUCUAGCUAGAACAAAGGAAAUCUUACUGAAAGUUGCGUGCAUUUAACAGACAGUAUGAACUAAAAUUACCAUAUAUUCCUCUGGUAUUAAGAGCUUUUUUUCUGUGCUCUUCAAGAAACACUCUCAGAACUAAGACUCAUCACUGUGUAAAAUGGCUAAUUAAACAGAUACAAAUAACAGAACUACUAUGAAUUUAGAUUUUAAAGUUUUUUAAUACCCUUGUGUUGUCUCUUUUUAGAGAUUUAUGGCAGCAUCACAUAGGGAGUCAAGUGCAGUCAUGCAGAGAGCAGAGCACUUGGCCCCAGUGCCUGCAGUUUGGGAAUGUAUCAACAUACAGAAGAGUGCAUACUGGUACUCUGGUGAAAUGGUGUUUUGAAAAACUAGAUAUUUACAUAUUUUUUUCCCCCCAUCACUGUUUUACACCUUUUACACAAGUAUCUUCCUUGCCACAUUAUUAGAAGUUAAAUGCAAAUGCUUAUUCUUUUUUCAUUACAUCUUGGAUUUUGCAAAACAAGUGAAUCUUUGCAUAUUCUGACUUUGAAUGUUUUGUACCAGUUAUAAAUAUGAGACUAUAUCAAUAAA